AUGCAAUCCGGAUAUCAUGAACUCAAGAUCAAGCCAAAGGAUGUUUCAAAGACGGCUUUUCGAACACGACAGGUUUGUCGUGGUGUUCAUCGACGACAUCUUGCUGUAUUUCCAAAUGACGAGGAACAUGAAGCUCAUUUGAGACAAGUGCUGCAGAUACUUCGGGAGAUGAAGCUAUUUGGUAAGUUGAAGAAAUGUAAAUUUUGGCACCGCAAAGUGGCAUUUUUGGGACAUGUGGUUUCGGGAGAGGGUAUAGCAGUAGACCCUAUGAUGAUUGAGGCAAUCAAGGAAUGGCCUAGGCCAACCAAUGUCACCGAGAUUUGGAGUUUUCUCGGUUUAGCUGGAUAUUACCGAAGAUUUGUUGAGCGAUUUGCUAAGUUGUCUAUUCCCCUCACACGACUCACACAUAAAGAAACAAAGUUUAUUUUGAAUGCUUUGUGCGAAAGAAGCUUCUUGGAAUUGAAAGAGCGGUGGACAACCGCCCUAAUCUUGGCGUUGCCUGUUGGAGGAGCAGGAUAUGAUGGAAAAGUGAUAGCCUAUGCUUUUCGUCAAUUAAAGGAUUAUGAAAAGAAUUAUCCGACUCACAAUUUGAAAUUGGCGGCUGUAAUUUUUGCUUUAUAG